AUGACAACGCUGUUUAUUCCGCAAUUAAUAGAAUCAACAUCAUCAAAAACUACAAUAGCAGAAACAGCAACAGACUCUUCUAAACUUUCACUUUCAUAUUUAAAAACAUUAACAAAUAUUGAAGAUAUCCAAGAAUGCUUAAGAAUAUUGGAUUCUGAAGAAAAUCAAGUUGAUUUAAAUUUAGAUGAAUUAUUGGAAAAAAGGUUGCAAUUAGAAUCGGAAUUAGAUAAUUUAGAAGUUUUAAGACCGCAAUUAGGAUUACUUAAUUCUCAAGCUACUAAUUUGAUAAACAUAAUAAAAGAAACAUCCAAUGUAGCAGAAAGAAUAAGUGCACAAGUUCGACAAUUAGAUUUAGAGCAAUCAAGGGUACAAGAAGCAAUAAAUGAAGUUGAGAUCGUACAAGAAUUAAAACAUUGUAUAACAGGAAUGCAUCAAUCAAU